GCGGUAGUCGCGAGCUUGCAGGCAGUCUUAUGUGCCUUAAGCUCGGCGCACGUUCUCGCACCUCACCAUUCUCCAGAGCGCGCGAAGCAAUACUUACGUUAUAUCCAGAUAAAUCGUCUUUUCUUUUUUAUCAAGCUCAAAAAGGAUUUACUCGCUGCCUCAUCUCCAAUUAUAUAUUAAAGUGACCGACAGCACUUCAGGACCUUCCUUACUUGGCUUUUAUAGGAAGCAAGUUUUCAAUUAACAGUUCGUUAUGAGAUAUAAAGUGCAAUAUAAAAUUUAAAAAAUUCGGUGACGAAAAUCAUACGUGGAUGAAUAAAAUGUAAAACGUUUCUGUGUAUUAACGAAUCCGGCAUAUUUAUUUGUAAGUAUAGUAUGACUUAUCUAGCCAUGGACUAUUUUUCAAAAUCAAACUGUAAUUCCACUUGAAGAGUUUGCGCAGCUGACAUAGUUCUACUAUAGACAACGACCUCUUUCUGACAAAUUUAAUAAGUUUUUUUAUUACUUUAAUGAAACUCUGUCAUGCUUCUUUGGGGAAUGUACUUCUAAUGAUUAAGUCUCGACGAAACGUUAAUUUCACAGUCGCUCUAAUGCAGUUGAGCGUGCAAUAAAUAUUAUCCAUACGGAAAUAGUUUCGCGAAAUAACUUUUCUUUAAUGCCCGAAUCUCAGGGAAUCGCUAUAAGCAGUAAAACUUGAAGCCAAAUCAACCGCAGAAAUGAGCGAAGGUCAAGGCGCUUCGCAAAACCCGACGGAAAAGGCAAAGCAAGAUGCCUUGUUCGAGGACCGCGAACCAAAGAAAAUAAUCCGCAUAAUCACAGUGACGGCUUACAUGUGCUCCGUGUCGUUCGUCGGUGUGGUACUCAGCGGCUAUUACAUUUUCUUAUGGAAUCCACCAAAUCCAAGGCUCAUGCACCAGCAAGUAGCUCAUGCACAUCAUGAAGCUCGGGUCGAUUACCUUGAUGAGCCGCCCGGUUUCACAACGAUGAAUGCUGCCGACCCUAAUGUAUUCGACCUUUUCAAGCAUGCGAGUCCUGGUGCUGACACGCUCAAAACGCGCAGGGAGAUUGUUAAGAACGUUAAUGCCAUUUUGAGCGCUAAUUUCGAAAAAAUUAAGUUCACCGAGACCACUGGCAGUACCGAAGCUCCUAAAAUAUCCAAGCUCAACAACAAUAUUCACCUCAGCAGCAGCAGUUUUACAUCGACCCAACCCGCUGAGUAUUCGUCUACUGCCAGUGAAGCCUUUUCUUCGGUAUCGCCUGAAGAGAACGAAAAAUUCAAUAGCGAAGCCAGUGAGGAUUCAAUACUUAACGAUAAAACUACCACAACGGAAUCGACAUUAACGUCAACUCAAACUUUACCAUCGCGACGAACCAAGCGACCUGGCAUUAAAAAGCCACAUCAAACGCCAUUUGCACUCAAGCAUUUGGAAGUGCCGAUAAAGUUAGAACCCAUAAGACGACGUCCGAUUCGAUUUAGCAGUACCACGAUGAAAACCGACGGUUCGAAUACUUCAGAUAGUAGUGAAGGCACACUAUCGGACAACAUAGCAACAGCCGUAACGGCGAGCAGCUCAGAUUCCUCGGAGGUAUACGAGAACGCGAGUCCUCGGCACGUGGCCAAGAGUCUGUACAAGAUACUGACCGAUCCGCCAGCGAGCGGCAGCCUACGGGACAUAGAUUACUCGAGUUCCACGGAUUUACCACAGAUCUUCCCCGCAGUUCCGCAUGCCAACAAUAAUGACGACGAUUAUCACGACGCAACGAUAGCACCCCUCGACGACAUCAUCGACGACUGACUCUACGAGGUCGAGGCACGACGCAGACGUCGUCGUCGUCGCCGUAGGACCUACGUUUUUUCAUAAGUUUUCUAAUUACCAAUUUUAAAACAUGUUCAUCGACUCAAUAGUCCAUUUAUACUUUAGAUAGGCAAAUUCGUAACGAGACUUUUUGUCGAUCCGAACUUCUUUUUAUGUUUUAAUACGAGUCGAAUGUACUUUCGAUUGCAUUUCUUUAUAGCUUUGUAUACGAAUAUGUUGAUUCAACGUAUAUUGAUAUUUUUCAUUUUUAUGCAGACACAGACUUGAAUGUCGUAUUAUAACUGUAUGAUAUGUAGUAGAAAUAAAUAUGAGAAAAAUUAUUUCCAGCAAUAAGAUUUUUGAUUAUAGACGUAUAAUCAAUGUGCACUGUCUUCAACAAGCUGUUAAUUUUUCUCGUAUUUAAUCAUAUUGAUUCUAAAUCAAUUACUAUAUAUAAUGCAUAUAUCGACCAUAUAAUAAAUUUUACGUAAUGUUAUAAAGCAAAGUCUUGACUACGAAUGUUUAAUAUCUUAUAGAAUUUAGACUUUAAACAACAAAAGUGAUACUUAUGGUCGU